UUUUGCCUAGGCUUUGGUUAGCGUAGCUCUGAAGUUUUAGCAUGCAGACUCCGAGCUGCAGUCCGGCUGACGUGUGUGAAAUAAGGAGCAGAGGCUGAAACCACAAAGAGGUUUUAGUUUCUAAACUUUUAGCCGUUUGAAGAUGUUUUCAUCUGUCUGGAAUUUUAUCAAACGACAUAAGAAGAAAUUUAUUUUCACCGGAGCUGUGGUCGGAGGAGUUUACCUGCUCGGUAAAUAUGCCCAGAAGAAGAUCAAGGAGGUCCAGGAGAAGGAGGCGAGCGAGUACAUAGCCCAGGCCAGAAGGCAGUUCCACUUCGAGAGCAACCAGAGAACCUGCAACAUGACGGUUCUGUCGAUGCUUCCUCCGCUCAGAGAGGCUAUCGUCACUCAGCUCAACUCCGAGAGUCUGACAGCGAUGCUGAAAACAAAACCGGCCAACAAACUGGAGAUCUGGGAAGAUUUAAAGAUCAUCAGCUUCACCCGGACCGUCGUGGCCGUCUACAGCACCUGCAUGCUGGUGGUUCUCCUCAGGGUGCAGCUCAACAUCAUCGGGGGAUACCUGUACCUGGACAACUCUGUGGGGAAGAGCGCAGCAGUGAGGAGGGCCAGCUAUCAGAGUCCUCUGACGCCUCCGGACGUCCAGCAGCAGUACCUGUCCAGCAUCCAGCAUCUCCUAGGAGACGGGCUGACGGAGCUGAUCUCCAGGGUGAAGACGGCGGUGCAGAGCUCCCUGGGCGGGGUGUCUCUGAAGCAGAGUCUGUCCCUGCUGGAGCUGGAGCAGCAGCUGAUCUGGAUCCGAGCCGAGGUGGACUCUGGACGCCCGCUGUCCUCCUACAUGCUGGCGGAUGAUGAGGACGUCCUCGCCGACCAGGCGUGCGGCUUAACGGAGAACGACCUGGUGACCAUCAGACUGCUGAACGAGACCAGAGACAUGCUGGACAGUCCAGAUCUGAGCAAAGUUCUCAGCGCCUGUCUGAACCGCGGCUUCUCUCGUGUCCUUGACAACCUGGCCGAGUUCUUCCGGCUUCCUGUCAGUGACUCCGGCCCCAACUGCGCCCCCGACAGCCUGUCUGCCGUCAGCCUGCCGCUGGCCAAGAUCAUCCCCAUCAUCAACGGUCAGAUCAACUCCGUCUGUAGUGAGACUCCCAGCCACUUUGUUCAGGACCUGCUGCUGAACGACCAGGUGAAGGAGUUUGCCGCCAUCGUGUACGAGACGUUCAGCACGCCGCAGGAGCUGCAGAAGUGAUCUGUGAGGAAGAGGAGGAAACGAGUCGGUGAUGAAGACGCCGGUCCGUCCUCCGUCUGAUGCCUCUGCGGCGUCCAGCCGGACAUUUCUGUCCUCUCUGCUGGAGGACACUGAGGCUGCUGGGAGCAGUGGAUCCUGGGAAGUGGAGUCUUUCUGCUGCGUUCACAGCGGAUGAAUCUCCCAUGCCGAACUCUUCUGGGACGAUUUUAGGCUGUUUUCUGGGUUCUGCGUUCGUUAUGGAUCCAGAUGUUGCUGCUGAAGGUUUUAGACCUUCUGAAGAUUAAAACACAUUUAAUAAAACAUCUAAAUUAAACAUGGAAACUACAUUU